AUGAACCUUGAACGCCCUGUACCGUUAAAUCCCAAAGGCUAUAUAUUGGAUAAAUUUAUUGCCGAAGGUGGUUUUUCGGAGGUAUGGCUGGGAAGACAUGAAGAAUCAAACACCCAAGUUGCGAUUAAAGUAUUUUAUAAGAGAACAAUGGACUCAAAAAUUAAGCUGAACGAUUUCAAGAAUGAAGUUCAUAUACAUAAGCAGCUAUUACACCCGUUUUUAGUUCGAUUCUACGAAACACUUGAAAAUUGCUUUUACUAUUAUAUUAUAAUGGAAUUUUUGCCAGGAAAAACUUUAAAGCAAAUGAUUGUAGAUAAAUCCUCAAUCGAAGAUAACACGCUCAGAACAUGGGCGGUUCAAUUUUUGAUGGCCAUUGAUUAUUUGCAUACGAUUCCACAGGUUUGUCACAUGGAUCUCAAAGCUUCCAACUUAAUAGUUGAUAGUGACAAUAAUAUUCGAUUAAUUGAUUUUGGAAUUAGCAGACCAAUCACGAAUAAUACGGUACAAAAUGACAAACAAGGAACUUUAUAUUAUUUUGCUCCAGAAAGAUUCAAUGAAGAAACAGUAACAACCAAGGUUGAUAUUUGGAGUUUUGGAGUGAUUUUAUAUUAUAUGUUCUCAAAAACUCUCCCGUUCAGUGGAGAAAGUCCAGCUGAGACAGCACAACUGAUAAAGAACUCAGAACCAUGUUAUUUAGAUGAAAUUCCUCAAGAUAUAACUGACCUUAUUAAAUCUUGUUUGAUUAAAGAUCCAGCCUCUAGAAUCAGUAUGGAACAGAUAAAGAAGAUCCAUUGGGUAUCUGAAAUAUACUCAGAAAUGCAAGGUAAAUGUGGAGAUAUGGGAGCUCUUAAUUCUACGAAUCAAAAGUUUAUAAGCAUCUUGCGAGUACUUGAACAAGAUAGUUCCUGUUCUAAUCCUGGUUCUAUCCGUCUUAGAAAGCGAUCAACUGCAAUGAGAAGAAUUAGCUCUUCUGGUCGUUUUAAAGUUAUUGAUUAUAAGUUAGCUAACUUUGGUUCUUCGCCAAAUUUCUUUAACAACUCUCCAGAAGAAGAACAAUAA